AUGAGUACAACAUCCAGUAGGAACAAUGAGGGGAGAGCUCAGAGUGCAGGAGUAGUGAAAGUGAACUCUGUACAGGAAAAGGAGUAUUCCCCCAAUGUGGUGAGAAAUACCAAGUACACACCCUUUAACUUCUUAUUUAAGAACAUUUACGAGCAGUUCCAUCAACCAAUGAACUGCUACUUCCUUUUGAUUGCCAUUCUACAGGGGUUUAAGGCAAUCACGGUGAACAAUCCGUGGACCACGUGGCUGCCACUCAUAUUCAUUUUCGCAGUCUCUGCGACGCGUGAGCUCGUCGAUGAUAUCAAGCGCGCCAAGGCAGACACUAAAGCGAAUAACAAACUGGUGAAGAAGCUCUCCGAAGGGAGCGUGAUCGAAGUACCAUCGAAAAACCUGCAUGUUGGAGAUGUGCUCUUCAUCGAGGAGAACGAGGAGAUUCCCUGCGACUGCGUCGUUCUCUACAGCAGCAACGCGAACGGCAUCUGCUACAUCCAAACAGCGAACAUCGAUGGCGAGACCAAUCUCAAGCUCCGCUGCGCGCCUUCGCUUACGCAGAAAAAGCUCGAAAAGUGCAGGGAUUACGAAGGCGUCGCGAACGCCAUCCACAAUAUGGACGCCAUGACCAUCGAGUGUCCGCCUCCCAACUCGCGCAUCUACGAUUUCCCCGCGGUUCUGCGUCAAGGCGAGGAUUCCACGGCUCUGGAUGCGUCUUCGCUGUUUUUGCAGGUCUGCCAUCUCUGCAACACGCGUUACAUCUUCGCAGCGGUGGUUUACACUGGAAAUGAAACGAAAUUCGGACAAAACAAGGAUGUGCCGGAGAUGAAGCUCACGAAGAGCGAUCGCAUGAUUAACUGGUUCACGGUCGUUUUGUUUUGUUUUCAAUUAAUUCUCGCGGUUCUUCUGGGCGCGAUGGGCAUCCGCAAUCUAUCCACGAUCCCGAAGUGGUAUAUCGGUAACCACGAGGGAGAAAAUGGAUGGCUCGAUUAUAUCGUGGUCCCUCUGCGUUUUUUGCUUCUCAACAGCUCGAUGAUUCCGAUCUCGUUGAAAGUGACGCUGGAGGUGUGCAAAGUCAUUUAUUCGAUGUUUAUCAACAUGGACGAGCAGUUGUACGCAGUGCGGAGGCGUAGCGAUAACGUUCACUGCAACUCCAGCUGCCUCAGCGAGAAUUUAGGGCAAGUGCGGUACAUCUUUUCGGACAAAACGGGGACGCUGACGAAGAACGAAAUGAUUCUGAAAUAUUGUCGUGUUUGGAACACGCCGUACCUCCACACAUCAAUUCUCUUAGCUAAAGAGCUUCUGGACGACUUCCUGCGCUGUUUGCUGCUCUGCAAUUCCAUCGUCGUCGACAACGGCGUCUACAAGUGCGAUUCUCCCGAUGAGCUCUGUCUGGUCUCCUACUGCCGCUAUCUCGGCGGAACGCUUCUCUCCAAGCAAGGCAGCCACACCCGAAUCCUCCUAAACGGGGAAACGGAGAACUGGAUCGUCCAGAAGGAACUGGAGUUCUCUUCCGAGCGCAAACGAAUGUCCGUUCUGGCCUGCAACCCCGCGUUGAACCGCUAUCUUCUCUUCUCCAAGGGCGCCGACGACAUGAUUUUGGCGCGCUCGCGAAGAACCGGCGAAUGGAACGGCCUCGACCUCGCUCAAAACGUGGAAACCAUCGUGGAAACGCUGAGAGAAUACGCGGAUAAAGGGCUGCGAACGCUGGUCAUGGGCGUUCGCAAUCUGGACGAAACCGAAUAUAAAGAAUUCGUUUCGAAGGUCGAGGAAGCGUCGAAAGCCAUGGAGAACCGCGAGCAAGUCAAGAGCGAAUGUUACGACGCGAUCGAGCGCUCGCUUCUCCCGCUGGGCAUUUCCGGGAUCGAAGACUUGCUUCAAGACGACGUGGAGCCGACGAUCCGCUAUCUGCGCGCGUGCGGGAUCAGCGUGUGGAUGAUCACCGGAGACAAGCCCAACACGGCGAUCAGCAUCGGUCGUUCCACGGGGAUUAUCGAUCCGCAGACCCCCGACCGCGCGAUCCUGCUGCUCGACCGCACGCCGGAGCUCCGCGACGCGCAGGCCGUGCUGGCCCGCCUCGCCGAAUGGACGCGCGACGUCGACGCGCAUCCGACGCUGCCGUUCGCGCUCUGCGUGACCGGAAACAUGUUCUCUUUCAUCACCUCCACGCAGCCGUCCAACGCGUGCCCUGAUUCCCUCACCGACGCGCUCGUCGCGCUCGCCAUGCGCGUGCACUCCGUCAUUUUCUGCCGCGUCUUCCCCAAGCAGAAAUCCGAAGUGGUGCUGCUGAUGAAGAAGCGGACCGGACAGGUGACGCUGGCGAUCGGCGACGGCGGGAACGACGUGAUUAUGAUCCAGAACAGCGACGUGGGGGUCGGGAUCGUCGGGAAGGAGGGGCAGCAGGCGGCGCGCGCGGCGGAUUACGUGCUGAGCGAGUUCAAACAUCUGAAGCGGCUGUGCUGCGUGCAUGGAGUGGACAGCGUGAGCCGAUCGUGGACGAUCAGCAACUACAGCUUCUUUAAGAGCGUGAUUUUCUGCGUGCUGCAGACGUCGUACGCGAUGUUCUCGUCGUAUUCCGGCGUGUCGCUGUUCAACUCGAUGCAGGUCACGCUGUACAACAUCUUUCUGUUCAUCCCGAUCGUGUCCAUGGUCACCAAGCGCGGCUACCAGGAGUCGGAGCUGCUCAAUCGCCCCGCAGUGUAUCGGUAUUACAACGACACCGAUCCACAGAACAAGCAGACUCUCUUCUCCUUCGCGGAGUUCGUCACCUGGGUCGUUAUGGGCGUUCUCCAAGCGCUCAUCGUCAAUUGCGUCGCGGCGCUCAUCGAGGGAACGGGAGCCUACGACGCCAUCACCAACACGGUCUUUUUCGCGAACCUGCUCUCGCAGGAUCUCCUCAUUUUCUUGCUGCUGCCCAACAUCACGUGGCUGAACGUCUGGGCCGUGCUGCUCUGCCACGCACUGAUGUGGCUGGUGUGCUUCGUCUGCUCGUCGGUGACGGGGCUCUCGGGGUUCGUGCCGUACAUGUCGAUGCAGUUUGCGAACGCGCAGAUGCUUCAUUGGGUGAGCUAUCUCGUGUUGGUGCCGCUGUCGAUGUAUGUGUUCUUGGGGAAGAAGAUCUUUGGGAACAAGCCGGUGGAGCGGAGGGAGGAGAAGGCGAAGCGAUGAAGGAGCGUUUGAUCGGAGUCCAAUGCGAUUUUGGAGCCGUUUUUUUAUUAUAUAUUUAUAUAUGUAUCAAUAGAAUUC